AUGGGGAGCUCCAACGACCCGGUCGGGAACCAGGACUAUACCGAGUCCACGGUUGCGAUUAUUGGCGCUGGCAUUUCUGGAAUGUGCAUGGCCAUCGACCUCCUCCGUCGCAAUCACCGCAACUUUGUUAUUCUCGAGAAGGGGAGUUCUGUCGGCGGAACAUGGCACGAUAACAAGUAUCCGGGGUGCGCAUGCGAUGUCUGGAGCGCCUUAUACAGCUACUCCUUCGAGCAGCGCUCCAACUGGUCGCGCGAGUACCCAGGCCAAGAGGAAAUGCUGCACUACCUCACCGGCGUCGCAAGCAAAUACGGCCUGUACCCAUACAUCCGAUUCAACUCGGCGGUUGACGAAGCGCGCUGGGACGAGAAGACGCGCCAGUGGAAGAUUCAGGUCCGCGUGUCGGGCGAAAAGGACAGCGAGUACCAGAGCGGAUAUGUGCUUUCGGCAAACGUGCUGAUUCCAGGAGUUGGACAGCUGAACCAGCCCUUCUGGCCGGAUAUCCCUGGGCGGGACGAGUUUAAGGGGAAGAGUAUGCAUUCGGCGCGAUGGGACUGGACGUAUGACUUCAAGGGGAAGAGGGUUGCUGUUAUUGGGAACGGUGCAACGGCCGUCCAAAUCGUGCCAGAGAUGGCAAAGACGGUGUCUCAUCUGACCGUCUUCCAGCGGAACCCUCAAUGGAUUAUCGGACGUGAUGACUCGAGCGUGAGCGUCGUCCAGAGGGCGUUUCUAUCGAUCCCGUUCGUGCGGCAAUGCAAGCGCUCUUUCAUGAUGUUCUACCGCGAGAUGAGCCACGACGCCAUCGUCAAGACCGAUUCGACGUUCGCGCGGUGGCUGCGUGAUAUGGGGACCGGCCAUAUCAAGAAGGGUCUCCCCAAUAAGCCGGAGAUGUGGGAGACGCUAACGCCCACAUACCCCCCGGGAUGUCGCCGCGUCCUCUCGUCAGACGACUACUACCCUGCGUUGAACAAGGGACAUGUUAGUUUGCAAACGAACGCGAUCUCGAAAAUCACCGAGACAGGCAUUGAGACCGCUGACGGCGAGCACACCGAGUACGACCUGAUCGUGUACGCAACAGGGUUCCGAACAGUGGAAUUCCUGCACCCCAUCAAGGUGUACGGCGCAGGCGGCCGGGACCUGGCAGACGUUUGGAAUGGAGGUGCAACAGCCUACUAUGGUGUGACAGUGGAGGACAUGCCAAACUUUGGACUGCUGUACGGGCCAAACACUAAUCUCGGACACAACUCAAUCAUCCUCAUGAUUGAGGCGCAGAGCCGUUACCUGGCCGCGCUGAUCGACCCGAUCGUGCGGGCCAAAGAGACGGGCGGGUCAGUCGCCAUCCAACCGCGAACUGACGUUGUGCGAGCCUUUGACCACGCAAUCCAAGCCCGCUUGGCCAAGAGCAGCUUUGCCGAUCCCAGCUGCACCAGCUGGUACAAGAACGAGCACAACCGGAUCACAAACAACUGGCCCGGCACGGUGGUCGAGUACCAGCGGGGGCUGUCGCGGGUGCAGUGGGCGGACUACGAGGUAGAGGGCGACGGGGCGGCCCAGCUGGUAGGGCAGAAGGAGACGCGGAUAGGACACAUCGAGGAGGUGUGGCCAGUGAGCAAGUCGACGCUGUUGCUGGGACUCAGCGUGGCAGUGGCAGCGGGAGGAUAUUAUCUUCAGGGGUCCAGGGCAGUGCGGCGGCGCUAG